AUGGUCCAGAUUCAGGAUUAUACCAAGGCUUUAGAGGUACUCAAGGAGUAUCCCUCUGGAGAUGGCCUCCACGUCGAUACACUCCUCGAUUCGGAUAGUCAUGGAGCCUUGACCUAUAAUGACUUCCUCAUUUUGCCCGGUUCUAUCACCUUCCCGGCAUCGGACGUUUCUUUGGAUACCAAAGUAACCCGGCGGUUCACCAUCAAGGCCCCUCUCCUGUCUUCUCCUAUGGACACUGUGACCGAACACAACAUGGCCAUACACAUGGCUCUUCUAGGAGGUCUGGGUGUUAUCCACAAUAACUGCCCACCGGACGAGCAGGCUGAGAUGGUGAGGAAAGUGAAACGCUAUGAAAAUGGCUUUAUCCAGGAUCCCGUUGUUCUGUCUCCGGGCACAACGGUCGGGGAGGCAAAGGAACUGAAGACUAAAUGGGGAUUUGGCGGAUUUCCCGUGACUGAAAGUGGAACCCUCCAUUCGAAGCUUCUUGGCAUAGUCACCAGCAGAGACAUCCAGUUCCAUAAGAAUCCUGAGGAUCCAGUCACGGCUGUUAUGGCGACAGAACUCGUUACCGCACCGGCGGGCACCACCCUCACCGAAGCCAAUGAAGUCCUCCGGAGUUCGAAGAAGGGAAAGCUGCCAAUUGUGGAUAAGGAGGGAUGCUUGAUUUCCCUGCUCUCCCGCAGCGACUUGAUGAAGAACAUUCACUACCCUCUUGCAUCAAAGCUUCCAUCCAAACAGCUACUCUGUGCUGCGGCUGUGAGCACCCAUGAAGCCGACAAGGUCCGCCUCCAGAAGCUCGUCGACGCGGGCCUGGAUAUUGUCGUUGUGGACAGCAGCCAGGGCCACAGCAUGUUCCAGAUUGCUAUGAUCAAAUAUAUCAAGCAGACCUUCCCCGAUAUCGACGUUAUCGCGGGUAAUAUUGUCACCCGCGAGCAAGCCGCGGCGUUGAUUGCUGCUGGUGCAGACGGUCUACGGAUCGGUAUGGGUAGUGGCUCUGCGUGUAUUACGCAAGAAGUCAUGGCCGUUGGUCGCCCUCAAGCUGCUGCUGUUCGCAGUGUGUCCUCCUUUGCCGCGCGCUUUGGUGUCCCUACUAUUGCCGACGGUGGUGUCCAAAACCUGGGCCAUAUCGUGAAGGGACUUGCACUUGGUGCCUCGGCGGUUAUGAUGGGAAGCCUGCUUGCUGGUACCACCGAAUCUCCUGGUGAGUACUUUAUGAGCAGUGAAGGACAGCUGGUCAAGGCCUUCCGUGGUAUGGGUAGUAUUGCGGUUAUGGAGGACAAGAGCAAAAGCGGUGGUGGUAAGAACGCCGGCGCUUCGCGGUACUUCUCUGAGAAUGAUAAGGUGAAGGUUGCGCAGGGUGUUGCAGGCUCCGUCGUCGAUCGUGGCUCCAUUACCAAGUUUGUUCCUUACCUUGUUGCCGGUGUGCAGCAUUCUCUCCAGGAUAUCGGUGUUCAGACUCUUGAUGCCCUGCGUGAUGGGGUGAACAAGGGAUCAGUUCGCUUUGAGAUGAGGAGUGCGAGUGCACAGACUGAGGGUAAUGUCCAUGGUUUGCACAGCCACGAAAAGAAGUUGUACUCAUCUUGA